UCUUCUUACUCUUUCAUAAAUAAAUCCACCUUCUCUCACUCUCACCCGUCUCACUUCGAUCGACGAUUGUCCCAAUCUCGCCGGGAUUCUCUGCACCGUGAGAUAAAUAGAAGAUGAGAGAAAUCCUUCACAUUCAAGGUGGUCAAUGUGGGAACCAGAUUGGUUCCAAGUUCUGGGAAGUUGUAUGUGAUGAGCAUGGGAUUGAUCCAACUGGUCGUUACGUUGGAAACUCUGAUCUGCAGUUGGAGCGUGUAAAUGUUUACUAUAACGAGGCAUCAUGCGGGAGAUAUGUUCCCCGUGCCAUUCUCAUGGAUCUUGAGCCUGGUACUAUGGACAGUGUCAGAACUGGACCUUAUGGUCAAAUCUUCAGACCCGACAACUUUGUUUUCGGGCAAUCUGGUGCUGGAAACAACUGGGCUAAAGGGCAUUACACUGAAGGGGCUGAGCUUAUUGAUGCUGUACUGGAUGUUGUACGCAAGGAGGCUGAGAAUUGUGACUGUCUUCAAGGUUUCCAAGUAUGCCACUCGCUUGGUGGAGGCACUGGGUCUGGAAUGGGAACUCUGCUCAUAUCCAAGAUCAGGGAAGAGUAUCCCGAUCGAAUGAUGCUCACAUUUUCUGUCUUCCCAUCACCAAAGGUCUCCGACACUGUGGUUGAGCCAUACAAUGCGACACUUUCAGUUCAUCAGCUGGUGGAGAAUGCUGAUGAGUGUAUGGUUUUGGACAAUGAAGCCCUUUACGACAUCUGUUUUAGAACACUGAAGCUUACCACUCCUAGCUUUGGUGAUCUGAAUCAUCUGAUCUCUGCAACUAUGAGUGGAGUUACAUGCUGUCUUAGGUUCCCGGGUCAGCUCAACUCUGAUCUGAGGAAGCUCGCAGUGAACCUUAUCCCUUUCCCUCGUCUCCACUUUUUCAUGGUUGGUUUUGCCCCGCUCACUUCCCGUGGGUCUCAGCAGUACCGUGCACUCACCGUCCCUGAGCUCACCCAACAGAUGUGGGAUUCAAAGAACAUGAUGUGCGCAGCAGACCCGCGCCACGGGCGGUACCUAACAGCCUCGGCCAUGUUCCGUGGCAAGAUGAGCACAAAAGAAGUGGAUGAGCAGAUGAUCAACGUACAGAACAAAAACUCUUCCUACUUUGUGGAAUGGAUUCCAAACAACGUGAAGUCAAGCGUGUGUGACAUAGCGCCUCGAGGUCUCUCAAUGGCAUCAACAUUUAUUGGGAAUUCCACAUCGAUCCAAGAGAUGUUUAGACGGGUGAGCGAACAGUUCACUGCUAUGUUCAGGAGGAAAGCCUUCUUGCAUUGGUACACAGGUGAAGGAAUGGACGAGAUGGAGUUCACUGAAGCUGAGAGCAAUAUGAACGAUCUCGUCUCAGAGUACCAGCAAUACCAAGACGCAACUGCAGAUGACGAAGGUGAGUAUGAAGAAGACGAGGAUGAAGAAGAGAUAUUGGAUCAUGAGUGAGUGAAAACGCUGAUAUUACCGAUUUUUAAAUACCCUCUCAUCUUCUUUUUCGGUAUAUGUUUAUUGAGUUUCAUGUCUUGUUUGUGAUGGUCAGUGUGUAAAAGUGAGGUCGGAUCUAAUUUUUUUGUGUGGUUUUCUUUUAUAAAAUGGAGUCCAUUGUGGGUUUUUAUGCUCUUCCUACUUCAAGUUGUCAAA